UUCCAUGUCCAUCCGCUGGCCGGGCUGCUCCCUAGGAAGCCAUGCUUGGAUACUUAUAGCCAUGUUUCAGCUCGCCAUGGAUCUGCCCUCGUGUGAGUCCCUGGGCCCGGGCCCCGACUUCUGGCUCCUGCCCCGGCCGCCGCAGCGGCCGCCCCGGCUGUGGAGCUUGAAGAGCGGACAGGCGGCGCGCAUCGUGCCCGUGUGGAGCCCGCGCCCGGCCCGCGUGGAGCGCAGCCACGGGCAGGUGCCGAGCCCGCGCGCCAAACGGGCGCACAGACCCAGGGACCAGGUGGCCGCCCUGGUGCCCAGAGGGGGGCUCGCCAAGCCCCCGGCCACUGCCAAAUCCAGCCCUUCCCUUGGCUCCUCCUCCUCGGCCCCGUCACCCACCGCGGGCAGCGGGGCCACCACGGACCAGCAGGCCCUCCUGGGGCGGGGGAAGAGACACCUGCAGGGGGCCGGCUUCCACGGCUUCGAUUUCCGGGGCAGCAGGCCCACCACAGAGACAGAGUUCAUCGCCUGGGGGCCCACGGGGGAGGAGGAGGCCCCGGAAUCCAACACAUUUCCAGGGCUUUACGGCCCCACCACGGCCUCCAUCUCACAGACACGGAAGACAACUGUGGCCACCGCCACCACCACCGCCACAGCCCUCACAGCCGCCUCCACGACACUGCAGACUAAGGGGGUCACGGAGCCCCUGGGCCCCAGGAAUAGGAUCCCGGUUGGGGUUAGCACAACGGAGCCUUCCACCAGUCCCAGCAAAGACAAUGGCGAAGACGUCAAGCCCCCACGGAUUCUGGGGGAGACCUCAGGUCUGGCUGUGCAUCAGAUUGUCACCAUCACCGUCUCCCUCAUCAUGGUCAUAGCCGCUCUGAUUACAACUCUUGUCUUAAAAAACUGCUGUGCCCAAAGCGGGAACACGCGUCGGAACAGCCACCAGCGGAAGAUCAACCAGCAGGAGGAGAGCUGCCAGAACUUGACGGACUUCACCCCUGCCCGGGUGCCCAGCAGCCUGGACAUAUUCACGGCCUAUAAUGAGACCCUCCAGUGCUCCCACGAGUGUGUCCGGGCGUCCGUGCCCGUGUACACCGACGAAACGCUGCACCCGACGGCCGAGUACAAAUCCACCUUUAACGGGAACCGACCCUCUUCUUCUGAUCGGCAUCUUAUUCCUGUGGCCUUUGUGUCUGAGAAAUGGUUUGAAAUCUCCUGCUGACUGGCCGAAGUCUUGUUUACCUCCUGGGGGCAGGGCAGACGCCAUGUGUCUGUUUUAUGGUACGUACCUCCUUUUCUGGACACUGAUUUUUUUUUCCCCUUUGCCCCACUUUCCCCACCCCCUCCUCCGCUCUGGGGCAACUAGGAGCCCUUCUUGACAUGGCAGGUGGAAUUCCAAUGGUAUUGUUGCCCCGAAUGCGAGCCGGGAGGGCUGGGCUUGUGGUCUCUCUGCUGCACUUGUUAGAAAUGCCCCCGUGGAGGGAGGGACAGACACUCAGGAACCGCAGCGCCGUCCCAGCCCC